CGAUCGUUCUGCGCACCUCUGAAUGAACUCGAACACACCUAUUCCUCUCAGCCACAAACAACACCUGCUUCUUUACCUGUCGACAUCUUAAACGCGCUUCAAACCAGAAAUCAAUAAAGCAUUUUAGUGUCUCAUUAUAACGUUUAAAGUCGCACAUUUACCUGAUGUUAACAACAUUGGGAUCUGAGUGAGUACUAGUGAACACACCCACACCAGGAGCAGUGUACAGCCAUCACUGCAGCACCCGGGGAACAAUUGGGGGAAACGUGCCUUGCUCAAAAGAAUCUCAGUCGCAACCUGCCUGGCAUGCGAGACCUGCUGACCUUUGGGUUACAAGCCUGACUUUUAACCGUUAGGCCAAGACAGCCCUCCAUCAGACUCACCUGAGUUCAGCUGUGUGUUUAUGAUUAGUGAUGCGUCAAUGGAUAAACCAAUAGAAUAUAAGGAUGAAGACACAUCGCCUGGUCAAAGAUCACUCCAGCAGAAGAGAUCAGACUCACCUGAGUUCAGCUGUGUGUCCAUGAUUAGUGAUGCGUCAAUGGAUAAACCAAUAGAAUUUAAGGAUGAAGAAGACACAUCGCCUGGUCAAAGAUCAGUCCAGCAGAAGAGAUCAGACUCACCUGAGAUCAGCUGUGCGUCCAUGAUUAGUGAUGCGUCAAUGGAUAAACCAAUAGAAUUUAAGGAUGAUGAAGAAGACACAUCGCCUGGUCACAGUUAUUAUUGUCAGCUUGCUGAAGUUCAGUACACAUUCAAAUCAAAUCUGAGAAAGAAGUUUAAUUGUUUGUAUGAGGGAACAUCAAAUGAGAGAAACCCAACACUAUUGAAAAAGGUCUACACAGAGCUGUACAUCACAGAGAGUGAAAGUGGAGAGAUCAGUAAUGAACAUGAGGUGAGACAGAUUGAGACACAAUCCAAGACAUCAACAGAGGAGACACCAAUCAAAUGUGGUGACAUCUUUAAACCGUUACCUGAACAAGACAAACACAUCAAAAGUGUGCUGACAAAGGGAGUCGCUGGCAUUGGAAAAACAGUCUCUGUACAGAAGUUCAUUAUGGACUGGGCUGAAGAGAAAGAGAAUAAGGACGUCCACCUCAUAUUUCCACUUCCUUUCAGAGAGAUCAAUUUGGUGAAGAACAAAACACUCAGUUUUUUAGAUCUUCUUCAUAUUUUCUUCCCAGAAACAAAAGAAAUGGAAAUCUUCAGUGAUGAAUAUAAAGUGUUGUUCAUCUUUGAUGGUUUGGAUGAGUGUCGUCUGUCUCUGGAUUUUCACAGCAGUGUGAGGUUGUGUGAUGUAAGUGAAUCAACCUCAGUGGACGUGAUGCUGACAAACCUCAUCAAGGGGAAUCUGUUUCCCUCUGCUCUCAUCUGGAUCACCUCCAGACCAGCAGCAGCUGAUCUCAUCCCCUCUGAAUAUGUUGAUCGAGUCACAGAGGUACGAGGCUUCAGUGAUCCACAGAAGGAGGAAUACUUCAGGAAGAGAAUCAGUGAUGAGAGUCUGUCUGAUCAAAUCAUCUCACACCUGAAGUCAUCCAGGAGUCUCUACAUCAUGUGUCACAUCCCAGUCUUCUGCUGGAUUUCAGUCACUGUUCUAGAGAGAAUGUUGAGUGAAGCAGAGAGAAGAGAGAUCCCCAAAACUCUCACUCAGAUGUACACACACUUCCUGAUCAUUCAGACAAACAUCAAACAUCAGAAGGACUAUGACAAUAAAGUGAAGGAUGAAGACAUGAUCUUCAAACUGGGUAAACUGGCUUAUGAGCAGCUUGUGAAAGGCAAUUUGAUCUUCUAUGAUGAAGACCUGAGAGAGUGUGGCAUUGAUGUAGCAGAAGCAUCAGUUUACUCAGGAUUGUGUACUCAGAUCUUCAGAGAGGAGUUUGGCUUGCAUCAGGGGAAAGUUUAUUGCUUUGUUCAUUUGAGCAUUCAGGAACAUCUAGCAGCUCUUUAUGCUUACCUCUCCUUCACAAACAACAACAUAAAUGUGUUUGAUAAAAGUCCUGAACCUGGUCUGUUUUCUAAAAUUCAGAAAUCAAAACAAGUUUUAUUUUCUGAGUUGCAUCAUAGAGCUAUAAAUGAAGCAUUACGGAGUAAGAAUGGACAUCUUGAUCUUUUCCUGCGUUUUCUUCUGGGUCUUUCACUGGAGUCCAAUCAGAUUCUCUUACAGAAACUCCUGAGACGGAUGCGAAGAUGCUCCUACAAGAAAGAGAAAACUGUUGAGUACAUUAAACAAAAGAUCAAUGAGAAUCUGUCUACAGAGAAAUCCAUCAAUCUGAUUCACUGUCUGAAUGAACUGGGUGAUGAUUCACUUCUGCAGGAGAUUCAAUAUUAUGUGAAAUCUGCAUCAGUAGGAAAGUCCAAACUCUCAUCUUCACAGUGGACAGCUUUAGUUUUUGUUUUGCUGACAUCUGAGCAGCAUCUGGACGAACUUAAUCUAAAUACAUUUAUUGGAAAUAAAAAUAAAGCCGAUGGAGUUCUUGUGAAACUGCUGCCUGUGAUUAAAGAAUACAAAAAAGUCCGGCUGAGUGAUUGUGAGAUCACAGAUGCAGGUUGUGCUGCCCUGACUACAGCUCUGAAAUCAAACCCAUCACACCUGAGUGAAUUAGACCUGUCCAGUAAUUUUAUAGGAGAUUCAGGAGUGAAGCUGAUCUCUGAUGGACUUAAGAAUCCUCAAUGUAAACUGAUGUCUCUCAGGCUGAGUGAUUGUGAGAUCGCAGAUGAAGGUUGUGCUGCCCUGUCUACCGCUCUACAAUCAAACCCAUCACACCUGAGUGAAUUGGACCUGUCCAGUAAUUUUAUAGGAGAUUCAGGAGUGAAGGUGCUCUCUGAUGUACUGGAAAAUCCGCAGUUUAAACUGAAGAAACUUGUGUUAAAUUAUUGUGAAAUCACAGCUGUAGGUUGUGUUGCUCUGUCUUCAGCUCUGAGGUCAAACCCAUCACACCUGAGGGAUCUGAAUCUGUCUAACAAUAAUCUAAGAGAUUCAGGAGUGAAGGUGCUCUCUGAUGUACUGAAGAAUCCUUACUGUAAACUGGAGAUACUGGGGUUAUGGAGAUGUAAAAUCACAGCUGAAGGUUGUGAUGCUCUGACUUCAGCUCUGAGAUCAAACCCAUCACACCUGACACAUCUGAAUCUGUCCAUUAAUGUUAUAAGUGAUCAAGGAGUAAAGCUGCUCUCUGAUGUACUGGAAAAUCCUCAAUGUAAACUGAAGAAACUUGUGCUGAAAAAUUGUAAUAUCACAGAUGAAGGUUGUGUUGCUCUGUCUUCAGCUCUGAAGUCAAACCCAUCACACCUGACACAUCUAAAUCUGUCAUUUAAUAAUAAUCUCAGGGAUUCAGGAGUGAAGCUACUCUCUGUUGUCUUGGAGAAUCCUCAAUGUAAACUGGAGAUGCUGGAGUUGUGUAAGUGUAAUAUCACAGAUGAAGGUUGUGUUGCUCUGACUUCAGCUCUGAGAUCAAACCCAUCACACCUGAGAGAUCUGAAUUUGUCUAACAAUAAUCUAAGAGAUUCAGAAAUAAAGCUGUUUGCUGAUGUACUAGAAAAUCCUGACUGUAAACUGGAGAUACUGAAAUUGAUGUCUUGUAAUAUCACGGAUGAAGGUCGCGCCGUUCUGGAUUUAGCUCGAAAAUCAAACCCAUCACAUCUGACAGAUCUAAAGCUCUAAAGGUAUAAUCCAAAAUAUUAUAAAGCUACAGACUGAUCCUGAUUAGAACAUUUCUGCAUUAAGACUUCAGAGCUCAGCGAUAUCAUGAAGUAUCAUUUCAUCCAAGUCAAAUAAUGUAAUUGUACAUUUUGUUUAUGUAUAGUUUACUUUAUGUAUGUUUGUAUUAUACUUGGAAAUGUUACAUUGUGAUUAAUGAGUUGUGAUAUUUUUUUCUGAUAGUUAACGCUUGCAAAGCUCA